AGAAUUUAAAUUCAAAACAGAAAAAAAUACUCUGGGUCUUAGGAAGUUAACAUUUGAUGUGAAAUAGCUGUGACAUACGCAGAGGCAGACGAACAUAACGAAAUUAUUUUAUAAGGAAUAUAAUAUAAGGGAUCCGAUUUUGCUUUUGGCUACGGAACUCUAAGAAUUGCAUAUUAUGACAUAUAGUGGGGGUUACCAGUUAUAUCUAGAUUCCAAUGAGUUCUCUGGUAACACUUAAGGAUAACGGGCAACACUGACGUUAUGAGCUUUCCAUCCACCCAAACAGAAAAUUUCCGAUAUAAUAAAAUGGCGGCUGUGGUUCAUUCGGUAGUUAUGUCGAAUUGUUUAUUACGGUCCUUGUUUGUUACUAUACAAUGUGCGAUUGCUACAAAGUGCUAACAAGUGAUGUGAAAUAACUUUAAAUCGUUGUGAGUGUUUUUUAUUCGGAAUUAUGUAAGAACAAAGAUGAAAAGACAUUUUAACUGACCAAUGAAUCGCGCAGCUAUCCAGAUGAAUAAAAAUGGGAGAAUCGACUUUCUUAUUGUUGGUUACUCUAUUCUUAUGGUCACGAUGUUUGGUUUUCGCUGAAAACAAUGAAUGUCCAUCAAAAUGCGUUUGCCUAAACCAAUAUGCUGAUUGUACAAGAAGGAAUUUAAUUUCUGUGCCAAAAAUUCCUAAGUGGGUGGAAGAAUUAGAUCUCAGCUAUAACAAAUUGCAUGGAGAUGCAUCCGAAGGAUUUGAGAGACUAUCAAGUCUAAAGGUUUUAAAAAUGGAUAAAAACUCAUUACGCCUCAUACCUAACUUGCUACAGCACAAUAAUCUUCAUGAAGUGAGUCUUAAUAGGAAUAACAUUGGUUCGAUAGAUACGGGUCAUUUUCCCGAAAACUGUUCCAUCAGAAUAUUGAACUUAAAUAGCAACCACAUUAAAGUUAUUGCAGAAGAUGCUUUGAACAAUUUGACUAAUUUAGAAGUGUUGAAGUUAAACAGGAAUGAUAUCACGUCAUUACCCAACCAUUUGUUUAUGUAUCAAUCAAGUCUCAGAACUCUUGAACUGAAUCAUAACAAACUUCGCAAUGUAACUGGACUGCUUUUCAAAGGACUCUCCAACCUGACAACACUUAGAAUGAGAUAUAAUAACAUAGACAAUAUAAUGGAUGGUGCCUUUUUUGGAUUUAAAUCUGUACAUUUACUACAGUUGGACCACAACAGGAUAAGAAGGAUUUCUAAGGGUUGGAUGUAUGGCCUGGAAUCACUGGUAACUCUGUCCAUGUCUAAUAAUUUAGUAUCAGAAAUCAAUGAGGGCAGCUGGGAGCUUUGUACUAUCUUAGAAAGCUUAGAUUUAUCUCACAAUUAUCUGGUUAAAGUGGAAGGAACAACUUUUAAAUAUUUACGGAACCUUCAGAUAUUAAACCUGAACAACAAUAAUAUAUCUGUGAUCGGUCAUGAUGCAUUCAGCCUUAUGUUCAACUUGAAUACACUGCAUCUAAAUAACAACAAAAUAUCCUGGACAGUUGAAGAUAUGAUUAAACCAUUUAACAAUUUACAAAACUUAGUUACAUUUAGCCUGGCUGGCAAUCACAUAAAAUCUAUAAAUUCUCGAGCAUUUGAAGGUUUAUCCAAAGUAGUAGAGCUAGAUUUAGCCGGCAAUAACAUAACAUCUAUUCAGCGGCAUGCUUUUGAUACAAUGCCUAAAUUAAAAAGAUUGCAUUUAAAUUCUUCAUCAUUGUUAUGCGAUUGUAACUUAUUUUGGAUAAUUAAAUGGAUAAGAGAUAAAGCUGAACAGAAAUAUAUUACAGCCACUUGUGCAUACCCUGAUGAAGUACGGGGAGUAGCAAUAUCUAAACUAAAAGAAGACAACUGUGGAGACUCGCCUAAACCAAAAGUGAUGCAACACCCCAAAGCCCAUCUUGCCAUAAAAGGACGAUCAGCCAAUUUGACCUGCACAGCAACUUCAAACCCUUUCAGUAAUAUGUCAUUUCUUUGGAGAAAAAAUAAUGGCAAUAUUAGUAAUCCCCUUGUUUAUGAAAAUGUUACUGUAACUGAUCAACCUGAGGCUACUUCAGUUCUUGUCAUACCAAAUGUUACACACGCAGACUCUGGUAAAUAUCAAUGUGUUGUCAGUAACAAUUUUGGUACAACAUAUUCCUUAAAAGCCAAAGUAACUAUAGUGACUUUUCCUCGGUUCACAAAAGCUCCUCACAACAUAACAGUGAAAACUGGAGAAACAGUUUCACUGAACUGUGCAGCUACAGGUGAACCUACACCUGAAAUUUCAUGGCAGAAAGAUGGUGGCAAUGAUUUCCCCGCAGCUCGAGAAAGAAGAAUGAAUGUGAUGCCCACCGACCAUGUGUUUUUUAUUGUCAAUGCUAAAACCACUGAUAUGGGUAUUUAUAGCUGUGCUGCUAAGAAUGUAGCGGGUACAAUUAUUUCUAAUGCAAUGCUAACAGUUCAAGAAGAACCUUCAUUUAAAACUGUCACAGAAAAUAAAGAAGCCACAAGUGGUGAUGCAGUGGUCCUACAAUGUAUGGUAUCAGGAUCACCAAAACCAGUCUUGAAAUGGUCAAAAGAUGGUGUGCCAGUAGUGCCUUCUGAACGGCACUAUUUCAUAGCUGAUGACCAACUUCUAGUUAUACUAGCUGCAGAGCCUAGUGAUGCUGGACACUAUGAAUGUGAGAUUACUAAUUCAUUAGGAACAAAAAAAGAGAUGACGGAGUUGAGAAUCUUGCCGCCAGUAGCCAUUAUGGUAAAUGAGGAAGAUAUGACAGGUAUUAUAAUUAUUACUGUGGUGUGUAGUACCGUGGGGACCUCUAUUAUUUGGGUAGUUAUUAUAUAUCACACAAGAAGGCGAAUGGCUUCUGCAGUGCCUUCUUUUCCCGCCGAAAGUUUAAAAAUGACACAUGUUGUGCAUAGUGAUAGUGAAUCACCUCAAAUGUUUUCAGACAAUAUAUCUGAGCAUUCAUCGUGUAAAGAUAGUGGGACAGGAGACUCGGCUAAACAGACGAGCUUUGAUGGUGUGCCUAUAGAUAAAAGUGAACAAGUGCAUUUUGAGCCUGUUGUAUGUCAAAGUUAUUCUCCAGUGCCAGAAGCACAUAAACUUUUACCUUCUUCAUUUAAACCAUCCAUUCAAGUGUGUGUAAAUACUUCUGUAACACCAGCUACUUAUAGUUUUUCUAGUCACAGUAUUAACAAUUAAGUUUAUAAGGAGUUUGAACCAUAAAAUUAUCUUACUGAAUGCAAUUUUCACUAAUUGUUUGUAUUAAUAUGUCAACGAAGUAAUGGUUUGCUUCAGAAAACCAAGCACUUGAAAUAUAGACUCUACCUUCAUAGCUCAUGUAGGAAUCCAGAAAUUCCUAUACUGGUUCAUGAUACUCAUUUGUAAAGUAAAUACAUACAAUUAGUGAAAAGGUAUUCACUAUCAGGCAGCUAUAAAAUGAUAAGCUUAGUACAAAUGAAACAAACUUGCCAGUAUUGGUUUUAAUGUAAAAGACUGAAUCUGUCAUUUAGUAAUGGUCAUUGUUAUUUUUUUAGUAUUAUUUAAAAGUAGACAAUUAUAUAGUAACAGUUUAAAAACAAAUGUGUAUACCCUAGCCUUGUCAUUAUUGUUGCCUUCCAAUACCUUAAUUUGAUUUGCAAAAAUAAGGUACACCUACCUUUAUAUACCGUAAAUAUCAUCAGAAAUGUAGAACUGCCUAUUUUUUAUCAGUUUGUUGAUUUGUGGCUGACUCUUAAGGCUAUAUUUGGGGAAUAUUAGUAGAAAUGGUAAUGUAAAUAUGACAAUGUCCAUGGAACAUCCUUGAUAUAUAUAUAUAUUUUUAAUGUUACUAUGUAGCAGUACGCCAUUGUCACAUUGUCAUUUUCUUCAAGUAUUCAUUUUCAUUAUUUGUAUGAACUUAUGAAAUUCCUUAGUAUUGAUAUAAUAAUUUAUGCAUUUCAGUAAUUUCGUAAUAAAUACCCGUAGAUAAACAUUUUCGGCCUAAAUAUCUAUGGUAUUUAAGUAAAAACAAAAUUAAUCUAUUCAGUUACUGACCUACUGCCUCAAUGUAAUGACUUAAUGAGUAAGGAAAUUACUCUUCAUUUUCACUUUAUAACACUGUUUUAAAAUAGAUCUAUAAACCGUGUUUUCACAUCACUUAUUCGGAAAAGGGCUUUUUCUUCCUUGUUAGGAGGAAUCAAAGCUUUACACUUUUCUGUUCCAGGACACUAUUUUUUUAGCUUAAAUAAUGUUUUGAAUUAUUAUUUCCUCAUAUGUGACUUGAAAAGCAGUUGUGUCACGUGGUAGCAAAAUUAUUUCCAACUUGGGCGGGGCGUUAUUACUUGAAUUCCUCACUACGCUCAGGAUGCCAUUUUAAAAUUCCUCGCUACUCUCGGGAUACUAUUAAAGAAUCCUUCGUUUCGUUCAGGAUUCAAUGUAUGCCCUCGCCGUAAAUAUGUACUUUUGCUCCCUUGUGACACAAUAUACUAUUUAUAUACUCUGGCUUAGGGCUUCCAAUCCCGCAUGCCCUUGCGGGAUCUCGGUAUCGGCGGGACCAAGAUUUUUUUCUGGUGCGGGAUCCCGGUAUAAAGGGAUCCCGCGUUUGUUGAUAAAAAAAGGUUAAAAGUGAAACAAAGCAUGGUAGGUGACCUAGUGAAACAAAGCAUAGCAUGAAAUAGCAUUUAUUAAAAAAAGUACAAAAAUGUUAAAAGUACUGCAAUCACUUUGCGUUUUGGCUCGUCAGUGUCCGAGCGACAGCGCUCGCAAAAGCAUGUGUCCCCGUUAUACUUUUCAAUCCCGCAAAUCCCGCGGAUCCCGCAUGUCUAAUCCCGCAGUAAGCGGGAGUGAAAAAUCGUGCGGGAUCUCGGUAUUUCGAGAUCUCGGUAUACCGAGAUUGGAAGCCCUACUCUGGCUAGUCUGGCACACCCACUUUGUCAGUGGAUAAAGAGUUGGUAAGAACUCGAGUGUUUUAAGUUAAAAUUUGAAAAAUUCCAGGGGUUAUUACGCGACUCUGCGUUAAAAAAACUUCCGAGUUUACUUAAGCCCCGAGUCGAGUCUUUUAUUUUUAACCUACUUCAAGAUUUCAAAAGGAGGAGGUUAUCAAUUUGGUGUGUAUGUUUUUUUUAAUGUUUGUUACUUCAUAACUCCGUCAUUUCUGAACCGAUUUUGAAAAUUAUUUUUUUGUUUGAAUCUAUAUAAAUACCGAUUGGUCCCGUUUUUCUCAAAACUCAGUUCUGAUGAUGGGAUCCAUGAGGAGUCGAGGGAACUCUUCAAAUGUGAAGAGCAUACAUAUAGUGAUUUUUGUAUUUUUAUCAACAAAUCGAGCAUUUACAUUUAAAAAGUGACAUUUGAUGAAGUGGAACUGCUGAUGAUGAUCAGAAUGGAACUCUUCAACGACGCAUAGUAAACGUUUGGCGAUUUGUCCUCUUCGCUGUGUUUGUUAAGCAAAUUAGAUUUUCAAGACAAAUUUUUGUUUAGUUCGAGUUCUGACGAUGGGGUCCAUGAGGAAUCGAGGGAACUCCUCAAAUAUUAAAGACUUAGUAGUAUAUAGUGAUCUUAGAAUUUUCAUCAACAAAUCAAGUAAGUAUUUACAUUUGUACAUUUGAUGAAGUAGAACUGCUGAUGAUGAACAGAACGGAACUCUUCAACGAUGCAUAGUUCAAGUUUGGCAAUUUCUCUUUGCAUGUUUGUCAAGCAGUUAGGUUUUCAAGGCACAUUUUUAUAUUUCUAUCCAAUAUAGUUUUUUUUUUAAUAAUUAUGCACGGUGUGAAUUAAUUUAUUUUAAAUACAGUCGAAUACGCUAUUGCAGAGGGCCUACCGCGAACCACGUUCGACGUGUUGCCUCCCUAUCACACUUACACACGAAUUUACAAGUGCGACAGAGAGACAACACGUCGAACGUGGUUCGCGGUAGGCCCUCAGUCAACCAUAGGGCAAAUCUGAAAUGUGUCAAGGUUAGUGCAGUGACAAAAAAAACAUGUUACCUCCUUUUCUACAUAAUUAAUGAAAUCGAAAUCAACAAUCCAUAAUCGUUCUUUCACCAGUCUCCCUCAUUGAUCUCGGUUUUUUUUUCUUAAAAAUUAUGCUUUUUAAGUGCAACUUAAAAGGACUCAAGUCUUAGAAUCAUAAAGACUUCGUCAAAAAUUCUAUAGGUUUUAUCUACGAGUAACACAAACGGAAAUACAUUUUUUAAUGAUUUGCGCAUAACCCAUGAAUUUAAUGUGGAAAUAGGCCUUAUAAGAAAACUUGUACAUAAUUUGAGAGUUCUCUUUAAAGGGCUCAAGUCGUUACAAAAGACUUAGGUAUCGAUAAGGACUCAAGUUUCGACUUCAUGACUAGAGAUUGGAAAACUGAGUAGAGUCUUAAAGUAGAUGACUUUAAAGACUUGAGUCUUAACCUACCCUGGGAAAUGUGCGGCAAAUUUAAAGAAUGUAGGCGCUUAGCGUUGACCACACAUAGAAAAUUUGUAUUUCGCGUCUUGUUCUACUGACAAGGUGGGUGUGUUUGCGUAUAUUUUGGUUGAAUUAUCUUGUUAAUCAUAAUUAGUUGACAGAUUUUCGUAUCUUGUACAUAUAAUUAUUAUCACAUUUAUAAUAUGUACAUAUGUAUUUAUUUGUUAAUGUUACAUUGAUGUAUUUUUUACCGCUCAUAGAUUUUGUGUAAUUAAUUUGUGCAUUGACAUGUAUCUAACUAUUUAACAACAUACUCAUAACAGUAUUCGAAUUGUCGGCAGUUCUAUUUAUAAAUUAAGUAUUCGUAAACAAUCAUAUUAUCGUCAUUAUUUUUAGAUUUGUUUAUGCAGGCUAUUUUUAUUUCCCUGUUUUCUUAAAAAAAAUGGAGAUGAAAAACUAAUAGGUAAAAAAAUAACAAUGUAACAAGAAUGAGUGACGUCAUAGUUACGUUUCUAAUGGUUUAGUUUAUAGUUGAUUGUAAACAAAUAGUAGCUAAUUAAGUUAUUGAUGUUAAUUAUUAAAUAUAUAUCUAAAUAUUUUUGUGAUUUCGAUAUUGUAACUGGGCACUUCAAAAAUAAACUGUUGCCUAUACAAGGUGUAACAAAACUAGUGUGGAUCCGUUUAAGGCACAAAACAGAUAGGUACAGAAGUCAAUCACAUGUAUGUAUUUCACUAUUCAUACCUACGCUCGGCGCGGUCGCUCUAGGGUUGUCGAGUAUGGCUUAUGCACAAAAAACUAUCGUGGUAGGUGCACGUGGCACCCGUAUCUAGUUGUUUAAUUUAUUGUUGAGAAUAAAACGGGAACAAUGGAAAUGUAAAUUAAUAAUAACUAAAAUAUUUUAAUGUCAUUGUUAUUUUACAAAUUUGUCACAGAAAAUAUCUUGCGUUGAUUUGGACAUUGGCGAAAUGCACGAUUAUUAUAUUUUAAAGUGUAAUAAAUUCCAAUUCUCAUGUACAAUUGUCCUACAAAACAAAACAAUAAACCUGCUACUACUAUAAUAAUACAACAUAAAAAGUUUACAGAACAGAAAUAUACAAAAUUAUACUUUUCUCAAUUUUAACUAUAGAAAAUCCCUAAUAACUUCCAAUUCUCAUGUACAAUUUACUGUAAUAAAUUCCAAUUCUCAUGUACAAUUGUCCUACAAAACAAAACAAUAAACCUGCUACUACUAUAAUAAUACAACAUAAAAAGUUUACAGAACAGAAAUAUACAAAAUUAUACUUUUCUCAAUUUUAACUAUAGAAAAUCCCUAAUAACUUCUAAACGGAUUACCCUAGUUGCACAAUUUCCAUUGCCCUAUAAAUAGCACUAAAAACAACACAAUAUCUACACAAACAAAAAAACAGGUUUUCAAAGUUACGUAAGGUGCCAUGGCCUUACAAAAAUUUAGUAACUUCGUUUAUCUCUUCUUCUUCCUUGCUCUUUCCCACUUUAGGUGGGGUCGGCUCUUCUAAUUAUUGUGCGACACGAGGGUUGUCGGGUCAGGUAGAUUAUACCUAUCAAGGAGCGUGGCCAUGCUGGUCCACCAUGUUGCCGGCGGGCGUCCUCUGCCUCUCUUUUUCUCCGGCAGGUCUAGAGCUUUUUAGUAACUUCGUUUAUACUGUUUAAAAAUAGGAAACUAUUAUAUAAAACGAUAUUAGAUAUAUUCUUCGGGGGCCGGGGCGGGGCGCUUACCUGAGGGCCUACCGCGAACCACGUUCGACGUGUUGCCUCUCUGUCGCACUUGUAAAUUCGUACGUAAGUAUGACAGGGAGGCAACACGUCGAACGUGGUUCGCGGUAGGCCCUCUGUUCCGUGUAACGUUAAAACGAACCAUCGAAAUACAAGCAGGUACCUACUAACCUCUCUAAAACCACUGAUAGCUUAAAAAACGAAACACUGAACAGAUAUAACAACUUUUUUUUACUCAUUGUUACAUAAAAUAGUUCACAGUCGCAUGUCUCAAGCGGAUGGCAUUCGCGCUCGCACUAGUCUCAACCAGUCCGAGAUAUCGUGUCGGUGAGCAGUGUCUAUGUAUGCGUUGCUUGAGCGCACUUUGUAUGUAGAUUGAUUUAUGUACCUAUCUGUUUUGUGGUUUAAGGGCAUAUUCGGUAUGUGUUCUGAUACAACCUGUAGAUGAGCUUCCAAAAUCCCGGAAGUUCUUAACACCAGACCAGACAUGUUUCACUUGGACGGGAGGAAGCGGGUUUAAUGACUCUAAUGUAUUCCUUAUUUUCGUGUAUCUCGUGUGAUCAAAUUUAGAGAAACGUGACCUUAUUUUUUAAGAUUUUGAUUUUAUUUUACCGAAAUUGCUGCAUGUGUCACUUGUAACUUUUUUACGGGACUUAAAGCUCAUAUUUGUUACACUUAACCAAUUCUGCCUAUUUUUAUAAGACGUUCUUAUGUGAUAUAAUAUAACAGAAACAGUAAAAUUAGGAUGAUUUGAUACAUAAAGUUUACGGAUACAAGUCAGCGGUUUAACAUUUGCGAUAAUAGGUAUUUCGUGUUCGUGUAUGCCGUAAGUGAUGCGUAUUUCUUCGAGUAAAUGUAAUGUAAUUAAUAUAAAGUUACAUAUAUAUAUAUAUAUAUAUAUAUACUAAUACAAUUUUCCUAUUAGGCAUAGGGUCUAAAAUAAACUCGGGGUUUACUGUGCGAUUACGUAGUACGUGUCGGUUUUUGCGAAAGGCCGACUUAUUGAUACUUCUGAUGACGUUUUCCAGAAAUUAACACGCAGUUUUAGGCUCGCUAAGCAUACCUUUUGUAUUUAUUCUAAGUAUAUAUGAAUACGGCUUACAUUAUUUUACUCAGGUAGGAGUAAACAACAGCGUGAUAGUGUUCAAUAUAUUUAUAAUAUACCCCAACCCCACAUAACCCGACAGAUUUUAACCUCGCAAUCCAGAGGUCAUGAGGAGCAAAAAAUGUUAUUUGUCUUUUGUCUAAUUAGACAAAAAAAAAUUUUGUUUGUGUCUUUUCCGCACACGACACGUUAUUUCUUUUUACAAUUUGGCAACUAAUAAGUAGUUUUUUUUUUAUUUACGAGUAAAAUUAGAGUUAAAUUUUGCGAGUUUCCUUACUUUAUGUCUAUCAGUAGGUAUGUCUAAACCACGUCACAUAGUGGCAGCAUCGCAGCCAAAAAGGCGUCUUUCACCGAGUUAUUACAAAAACAAAUUUUUACAAGAAUUGUCAUUAGGUAUCUCCAAGACCAGACCGAUUUCAGAAAACUUUGUAUGACAUUUGUCUCUAAAUGCGGUUAAGAAUACACCUUUAAAUCGACGAGUUAUAUGGGCCCACGGUGUAUAUAUGAUAAUUUAUCCAGAUGACUUGAACGAGGCCUCACUCUCAUAUUUUGUAUGGCACUUCGAUCCCUGGUUAUUUUAUUACCGAAGAAUUAUUUUACAUUAAAUAAAUAUUUAUUCCGAGGGGGGACUAACCUGUAUUAAUUCGAUCAAAACACUAUUAGAUCUAUUCGUUUCUGGUUAAACAUCGUAAGUGCUCAUAGGGAUGGCAGCUAACAGUAUGUAACAACUAAAAUAACGUAUUGAAACAAUGUAACGAACAAACUAAUGUGAUGAAAAGGCCUUUAUUGUCUCUUAAUUUUAUUAAGCUCUUCAUUAUUGCGUAGACGUGAUUUUGGAUGAACUUAGAACAUGCGGUUUUGUAUUGUUUAUACGAUGUAUAUAAGAAAAUUAGAGUAAGACGACUAUUUAUAUUCUUUAUAAUUAAAUAAUAAAAUAAGUUUGACCCGA